CGGUCGGUUCCACCGUGUAUCCGGCUUUUUGUUUGACGUCAUAUCCGGUCAGAUUUAAGCUAAUGUUACCCAGAAUACAAAGAUUGUAAAUGAACUACUGGUAGCUUUACGCUUCUUGGGUCAUGUUUUGCUCAUUUUGUCGAUGCAAGGAAGAGCAGCCUGCAGUGUUGUGACGACUUUAUUCCCCUCGCCGUGUCUCUCUGGCCAGCUGUUUGGUUAGUUAUGGCAGGGCCGGUUCAUUGUUAGCCUUUAGCUGUAGCCAUGCUCUCCUGCUCCGCUUUCACUUCUCGUCUUCUGGGCUGCGGCUUGCUUGCGACAGGGACCACAGCUACUAAACAUAUCUUUCUCCAAUAUUAAAGUUUUUGUCUUUUGUUGAUUAUUUGGACCUUUAGUUUUCUGUAACCACGACGCGCUGCGGAAGCUGCACCUCGUUCCUUUUAACGUGAAAUUCGCUUGGAUGACAUUUGAAUUCAUAUUGACGUUGCUGUUGCCUUGGCAGUAAACUCUUAACAUUAACUUACUAGGUUAAGUUACUGCCUUCGUCUGCUUUCGUUUUUCACCACUCCAGUCAGUGGGGAAGCGGAACUUUUUGUUUUUUUGCCACGAUGGCUUCUUCCUCUGGAAGCGACGACGACCUCACCAUCCCCAGAGCUGCUAUCAACAAGAUGAUUAAAGAGACGCUCCCUAAUGUACGAGUGGCUAACGACGCCAGGGAGCUUGUGGUCAACUGCUGCACGGAGUUCAUCCACCUCAUAUCCUCAGAAGCCAAUGAAAUAUGCAACAAGUCCGACAAGAAGACCAUAUCUCCUGAGCACGUCAUCAACGCCCUAGAGAGCCUUGGUUUCGCAUCGUACAUCACAGAGGUGAAAGACGUCUUGCAGGAGUGUAAAACUGUCGCUCUGAAGAGGAGGAAGGCCAGCUCUCGACUGGAGAACCUGGGCAUCCCGGAGGAGGAGCUCCUCAGACAACAGCAGGAAUUGUUUGCCAAGGCGCGGCAGCAGCAGGCGGAGCUCGCCCAGCAGGAGUGGUUACAGAUGCAGCAGGCCGCCCAACAGGCACAGAUGGCGGCAGCAUCUGCCAGCGCCGCGCAGCAGGCCGGCUCCUCUCAGGAUGAAGACGAAGAGGAUGACAUGUGAUCCCAGGACGCCAUUCUGCUUGUUCCGAAAAAUUCUUCCUGGGACAGUGUUGGCGCGCAAAUCUCCCAGCGCUGCCAACGGCAAAGACACGAGGCAUCUUUAAACCGCUGGUUUACGUCAGUGUAACACGGAUAAUGCACAUUGGAACGCUGAAGAGAAAAGACGGAGGGGGAUAUAAAUAUAGCCACACCGUCAGGCACCAGUACAGGAAAAUUAUUUGGAUUGAGAGGCUGUUAAUGAAUUUUGAUUUUUUGAUCAGUCUCAUCUUCCCCCCUCCUUGUUUUUCCAGUGGCUUCAGUUUAAUUAUGUCUUGAUAUUAUGUUGUGAGUAAUUUGUAGAUUUCUGGAUGUGUUGUGGACACUGAAGGCUCAUUGCCUGGGAAAUGUCAGUGAAUUUUUGGUGAUGACGCAAGUGUUGGCUCCUUCAGGUACUGCACCAGAUAGCUUACUUCUGUUAUCCGUUUUACUAGAUCACUUUUGGUGGUUUAGGAGAACUGCUUUUGAAUAAUUUCAGAGCGGUCGAAUUCUCCUUUUUUUGUUUUGUUUUUGAUGGUCACUUUUACAAUGGCUUCCUCUUCCCCCUCUUGGUAUAUUUGUUCGACUGAGGAUCAUUUGAGGGGUUGUUAAUAUAGGAAUUUUUUUGUUAAGUAGAGAAAUAAAUGGACAUUUUGGUUAAUUUUUAGCUCAUUCAGAUACUUUUUGUUGCAUUUCCUUUCAACCUUGAACCACCUACAGUAUUGCUAAUUAGCCACACCUUUCAGUUUCAGAAACUGUCUAUUUUUGUCUCAUAGAACCAAAGAUAGAGGACAGACUAACAGCCCAGAGUUAGUGUUUUUUAAAGGUCUAGGUGAUACUGUGAUUCUUGUCGCUGACUCCAGAUCAGUGUAAACGAUGUUAAGGAUUAUUAACCGAUGACUUUGUAAGAUGCUUUGAUAUCCAGGCUGAAUUUUGUUAUUUCCCUUCUCUUCGGGUGCAGUAUCAAACAUUUGCAUUGUGACUGUGGUCAAUCCUCAGUGUAAAGACAAGUAACCUAGUUGUUCUACACAUUCACCGCCUAUGCUACAAAGUUGUAUUCUUUAAGCAAUAAAGGAAUCAUGUUUUAUAGACAA